AUGGGUGACGAAGGGGAGAUCCCACCGCCUUCACUGUCCAAAGAGUCAGUUCCCGAAGCAAAGGAGGCUGCUGCUGCUGAUGUUGUUACUGCUGGAAGUGAAAACAAGAUCGAAGCUAUCGACGAGGCUGCCGAGGACAAAGAUGUUAUCGACGACAACAUGGAAGAUGAUCAAUCGAGCAAGAGACAAUCUCUAAGUAACUUGUUCCAAGAGGUACCGUUUCUAAUUCUUAAAUCGGCACUGAGGAUUAAUAAGGUGAGGCUCGAGACUAUAAAGAAGAAGAGAAAUGCGGUGGAAAACUUUUUGAAGAAAGAUAUUGCUGAUCUUCUGAAGAACGAUCUUGAUUACAAUGCUUAUGGAAGGGCUGAAGGUCUUACGAUCGAGCAAAACCAAACCGCCUGUUACAAAUUCAUAGAGCAGUUUUCACUGUGCAUCUCAAUGCACGUCUCUAUUAUGCAAAAACAGAGGUAUCACGUCUCUAUUGAUAUUUGAUUAUACAUUUCUUGUGUUAAUCUACUUCUUUUCCAUUACAGUGAGUGU